UUUCAGAGUUAGUUUGGGGACAUUCAAAUAAAGAUGUAUGGAAAGCAUAUUCGCAGGAAGACAGUUUUUCUAUUCCUCUUUAUUACAGUCUUUCUAUUGGUUUAUAUCAAAGGAGCAAACUUUCUAGCAAUAUCAAAACUAGGUAUAGACGUCAAGAAAUGGUUUCUUUUGUCGCAAAUAAAUGAUUCCCGACAUCAAUUACAAACUUUCAAGAUGAUAAACAUAGAAAUACAGAAGAAGAGGAAAGAUGACAUAUAUGCAUACUGUAAAGCCACUAGAGUCCCUAAGACAUCUGCAAAUAGUACUGUGCCGCUUAUUUACAAUAAUAAUUAUAGCCUAUGCUACUUUGAUAUGCCAAAAAUAGGAUCUACUUUCAUUAAACAAAUGUUUUCCGUGCUUAAACAUGGUGUAGAAUAUGCAAAAAAUAAUUUUAGCAUAUCACGUAAUAAGGUUCACAGUGGAGUACAAACAAGAGAACGAUUUCAUUAUAACGACACAUUAGAGAAAACAUUGACUAUAGUUCCUGUUCGAAAUCCAUACUCUAGAUUAUUUUCUGCAUUUAUUGAUAAGGUGUAUUUGCUAAGUAGUGUUGAUUUACGAUUAAAAAUUAUUGCAAAUAAGUAUCAAUACAGCUUAUCAGAUCUAAAAGACCUUGCACAACCUGGUUAUAAUUACACAAGUGAACUUUCAGUGACUUUUCAGGACUUCCUUGAUUAUGCAUUAAGUCCAAGAGCAGAAAAGAAUAUUCUAUAUGAUCAUUAUAGCAGAUGUUUUACGCGAUUGCAACUUUUGAUAUGCAACUCUAACAGGUAUAUCGUAGUGAAACAGGAAUCUUUUGAAACGGACAUUCAACACGUUCUGCAGUCCGUAGGAAUAGAUACAGCACAACCUAAAAUAUAUAAUAGGAUAAUUAAAUCACUCCACGAGUCGCGUGUUGAAGACAACAUUCCCGGAAUAGUCAAAGUUACAUUUCACUUUGCAGGAAGACAUGCUGAAUUAUGGAAUGGGCCCAUUGUAGCAGAAAGGCUAUGGCAUUCAUUUCAAAUUCAGGGUUAUGUCAGCAAAAACACCCCCUUUCCCAAAAGGUACUUUAACUCUAAGAAUACAUACAUGAAUUCAAACACUACUUUGACAAUUUUCUUACAUGAAAUGCAAAAAGGAAAGUUGUCUCGAUCAGAAAGUUUGAUACAAAGGAAGGAAGCAAUGUUAAAUGCUUAUAAAUGCUUGCCAAAAAGCGUUAUUCGAAAAAUACAAGCUUUGUAUGAUUGUGAUUUUAAAGCUUUCGGGUAUGAUAAAACAUUGAUGUAACAAAGUGAAAUAAAAUAGAUAUCAACACGUAUUAAACAGAAGAGUUUUGAAAACCUUCCUCGUGUUGCAAAUCUUUAAGAAUUGUAAAUAACAUUUAUGUUUUUUUUGUUGUCUUUUUUAAAGCGACAAACAUAGUUUAUAAAAAUUGCCAUUCAACCGCAAAUAUUUACAUUUACUUUAUGUUGUAUGGGAAAAGAAAAAUGAAAUGUAAACAACAUUGGCACAAUAAUAUGAUGGUUUCCGCUAAAUCUUACAUCACAAACGCACAUAUAAAUGUUGUCGUUAGAAGAAAAAUCAUUGAAUAUAGGACACUUAGAUUUGAAAAGGAGCAUUAAAUACUGUACAUUAGAAAAUCAAAUUGACACGACUAUGUGAUAUUUACUUCAUUUUUAGAAACAUCAGUGCCGAUUGGUUAAGGUAGCUGACUUUAAUUAACUUAUCGCUUACCACUGUGGGUUCGAGCCAGCCUAGGUUUAACGUUUAAACCUUCAUUUUAGGACGCCAUCCAACUGACUUACGGACUUAUUUAGUUCUAUCUGAACAUUGAAAGUCACCAUAUUACUUAUAAUCUUGUGAAUGUGCUUAUUAAAUUAAGUCAAACCCACUGGUAUGAUAUGCGUGUCAAUAUGACACACAGCCAUGAAAUUUUGUAUUCCUCAAACGCUUUCGCUAAAGAAGUAUAUUUAGAAAAGAAGUAUUUUUGAGGCUGUAGAUAAUUUUAGCAAUAGAGCUAACGUGCCCAGGCUCCAUUGUUUUGUUUUUUCCUUUCUAUAGUUACUGUAGUGA